UCGUCAGAGCAGAGCCGCUGUUAUCUGUGGGCCGUUUAAAGCUGCGGUCUGGAGGAGCCGGACCUUGUUUCAGACUCCAGAAUGAAAGAGUGGCAGUGUGUGAAGCUGAUCUGUGCUCGGAACGGAGCUAUGAGCUUGGAGGAGCUGCUCUCCGAGUUCAGCACUGACCCGCUGUACCUGUUCCCCGGCCGCGCGGAGAGAUUUAUACAGGAGAGCGGCUCGCUGGCGACGGUUUUCCUCAGCGGACAGAAAGCCGUGGUCGCUAAAAGCUCGCUGAAGCUGUGCAGGGCUAAGGACUGCCCGGGCUGCAGUAAUCUACACCUGUGUAAAUUCUUCCUGUUCGGGGACUGUCAGUACGGCAGAGGCAGACGAGGAUGCCGAUUUUCCCAUAACCUGUACACGGAACAGAAUGUCCAAGUCCUGCAGAAUCAUGGUUUGAGUCAGCUGGACAUGAGAGAGCUUUGCAUUCUUCUGCUUCAUAGUGACAGCAGCCUCCUACCUCCUGUGUGCCAUUCCUACAAUAAUGGUACAGGUCAGUAUGGCAAAUGCCAGGACGGUGAGAACUGCAAGAGGCUGCACAUCUGUGAGAAGUACCUCAGAGGUCCAUGCCAGUGUCCACGGUCACAUGACUUCUAUGAGCCCCAUCCUUUAAAAACACUGCAGGGGAGGGGCGUGCCCCUUGCGCUCCUGCCAUUUAUAAAAGAUGUGUACACACACAUUGAGGCCUUAAGAGAUGAGGACAAAUGUAGACCACCUAAAAACCAUGGGCAGAGAAUCAACAAAGGCCCCAAACCACCACAGCAGGCAUCAGCUAAUGCUAAUAUUAGCAAUGGGCAGAGAGCCAAUGUGAAUUCAAACUUCAGAGCUCCUCAGAACUCAGCAGAAAAAACAGAGAUCUGCAUGUACUUUGUCAAAGGAAGCUGCAAGCAUGGUGAUAAGUGCAUAAGGGAGCACUCCAAACUACCCUACAAAUGGCAGUUUAAAGAUGGGUCUGCCUGGGCAGCUCUUCCUAACAAUGAAGGCAUAGAAAAAGAUUAUUGCACCCCAUCGAAGACUUACAGCUCUGGGCCUGUUCCAGUGUGUUUCGACACAAUGACUCGUGGAUCUCACCCUGUGAGGCGUCUCUCUACGAUUUCUUCAGUGGUCCAACCUCACUUUAUCCUCACCACCACCUGGAACUGGUACUGGGAGGAUGAGUUUGGGGACUGGAUCCAGUAUGCAUCAGCAAGUGGAGGCCACAACACAGCAUCUAUCACCAGUGAGGACCUGGAGCAGAAAUAUUUACAGGACAACACAGCCGUGGUGGACUUUAAAGCUGGAUCACAGUCCUAUUCACUCAGCUUCCAAGACAUGAUACAGACCAACACAAGGUACGGAACCAAGAAACUUGUGAAACGCCGACCUGCAUUUGUAUCUUCUGCAGAUGCACAAACAAUCAAAACAAGCAAGAGGCAGAUCAGUUUUAAAACUCUACCAAGUCACUGGGACAAGGCACUGACACCUGAGACUGGCUAUAAGAGAGUACAGCUGCAGAACACUUCUGCAGAAUACAUGGAGAUCCAGAACAUGUUCACUAGCACUUUGCAUGGUUUCAGUAUUCAGCAGAUAGAGAGAAUUCAAAACAAAGCCCUCUGGGAAGUGUUUCAAUGGCAGAAAGAUUACAUGAAGAAGAAUAAUGCAGGGAGAAAUGUUGAAGAGAGGAAGCUGUUUCAUGGAACGGAUUCGAAAUACAUAGAUGCCAUCUGCCUCAAUAAUUUCGACUGGAGAAUCUGUGGUACACAUGGCACAGCCUAUGGGAAAGGCAGUUAUUUCGCCAGGGAUGCGAAGUACUCCCACAGCUACACUGGAGACUCCACAACUCGCAACAUGUUUGUCUGUCGGAUUCUGGUGGGAGACUACACUGUCGGAGACUCCAGCUACGUCCGGCCUCCCUCCAAAGAUGGAGGAGACACCCACUUCUAUGACAGCUGUGUCAAUAACCUCCACAGCCCAUCCAUAUUUGUAGUGUUUGAGAAGCAUCAGAUCUAUCCGGAGUACCUGAUUCAGUACAGAGAUGCACAUUCUUCUUACUCCAGUUCACCAACGUACCAUUACCCACUGAACACCACCACCGUGAACACAACAGCUCAUACUGCAGCAACAUCUGCAUACAGGCCCACUCCUACACCAAGAUCUGUACCACAGUCCACCCCUGCACCUACAUAUACACCCCCGAGCCCAGCGGCAUCGGCGUCAUAUAGAACACCCUCAUAUACAUACAACAUACCCCGAGCUUCCCCAAAACCUUCUAAACCUGAGUCCUCCUGCAUCAUCAGCUGAGGCUCUAGUUAAAUUGCACUUUCUUAACACUUAGCAGGUUUAAUUACACCAAAGUUGACAGUGUGUAGCACUUUAGCUAAACAUUUUGAGAUUAUUAUUAUUAUGCAAUUUACAGGGAUUGGCCAUUAAAACUAAAACACCUGGUUUUAGACCACAAUUUAUUGUCCCGACGUACAGUUCUGGUGGAAACAGGAGAGUUGAGGUGCACAUUGAAUUCUGUCGUGAUUUGGGCAGCCGUGGUUUUAGGUUUUUUGGAUACAAUCCGGGUAAGCACCCGAACAUCCCUUUCAGACAGCUUCCUCUUGCGUCCACAGUUAAUCCUGUUGGAUGUGGUUCGUCCUUCUUGGUGGUAUGCUGACAUUACCCUGGAUACCGUGGCUCUUGAUGCAUCACAAAGACUUGCUGUCUUGGUCACUGAUGUGCCAGCAAGACGUGCACCAACAAUUUGUCCUCUUUUGAACACUUGUAUGUCACCCAUAAGGUUGUGUAAAUUGCAAUAUUUUGAGCAAAACUGUGCUCUUACUCUGCUAAUUAAACCUUCACACACUGCUCUUAAUGUUGCAAUGUGCAAUUAAUGAAGAUUGGCCACCAGGCUGCUCCAAUUUAGCCAUGAAACCUCACACACUAAAAUGACAGGUGUUUCAGUUUCAUUGUCCAACCCCUGUAAAUCUUAAUGUGAACACUUGAUAUUUUCAGAAACUAUGCCACAAUCAUAAGACUGCUUCUAAACAUUACGCUCAAGUAGGGGUGGGUAUCGUCACUGAUUUUCCAGUUCGAUUCGAUUCCGAUUGACAAGGUGCCGAUUCGAAAUCGAAAGAGGGUUUAGCUUUCCGGUGAUUUGGCUAACCCGCUUAGAUAACUGUGGAUUCAGCUGGUCAAGUCUUAGUUUUAAUAAAGUACAGGUGAAAACAACACUGGAAAACAACUUAAAACAGUGUUAAAUGUACUAGUUUGAAAAUCACAGGCAUCAAUGAGUGAAAAUACAGAAGGAAAUUUUUACAGAAACUCCCGCAGUGCCGACUCCUCUGCUCCAGCUUACUAGUGUUGUGUCGUUCGUGAACGAUUCGUUCGAAUUAUUAAAUCAUUUGAGUGAACUCACCCCAGGCCCAGCCAGAGGGCGGUGCUCUUGAGGAUGGUCUCGCAAGAUAAACGGGGAAAAUGGGCCUAUUUCUAAAGAUCGAUUCGGGUUUAUAUUAAUCGAUAUCAGAUCAUUCAAAUGAAGAUCGAUUUAAAUCGAAGAACCGUUUUUUUACACCUUUACACUCAAGUUUGCUUAAAGGACUUUAUAUUAUUGAAUAAAUCUUUUUUAAUCACGGGGUCUUACUGUUUCAAAGUAAAUGUUGUGUACCUAAAUUUUACUCUGUACUUUUCACUUGAAUAAUAAAUAUAUUGUUAAAUAAA